UUUGUUGUAAACUGUGCUAGUAUUAAUGAAAGACCACUGUUUUACAAAAUAUGGCUAAUGUCUUCUCACUUCUCCCUUGUGUGAUUGACUUUCUAGUUCUGAAUAUAUUCUUCUGAUCUUUGUUUCCAGUUCAUAUAGAGGAAGUAUCAAGUGCACAAUAGUAUAUUGGUGCACGUAUGCGCCAACUCAAUCUCACCCCACGGGUCCAAUAUGAAGGGCUGAAGUGAGGAGGUGGACCUAAGUCAGCCCAAAAGGGAUGCGAGAACUCCCACCUCAAACUUGAACCUUUAAGAUUGAAUAUUUGGAUCCGAAGGAUGGGAUUGAGUUUUUGCAUAUGUUUCACCAUAUUUGGUCGUCAAGACAGUCUUGAACAUCUAAAUGCUACUCCAAGGGCAGUGAUUACUUCUUACCAGAUGCUAAGUCGCCUUAGGGAAAGUAUGGUGAAUAGAACAUGGGCACUGAUGAUUGUUGAUGAAUCGCACAACAUACGCUGCACGACGAAACAAGAAGAAAAAUAUGAGACAAAAGCUGUGCUGCAUCUAGCUUCAAAAACUGAUCGCAUCAUAUUGCUCUCGGGGACACCCUCUCUCUCAAGACCUUUUGAUAUCUACCACCAGAUAAAUAUGCUAUGGCCCCGCAUGCUUGGUAGAGAUAAAUUUGAUUAUGCGAAAAAAUAUUGCUUGCUGCAUGCUGCACGAAGUUAUCAGGGGAAAAUAUUUAAGGACUUCUCUAAGGGUACGCGGUUGACAGAGUUAAAUGUUUUGCUGAGUCAAACUGUCAUGAUUAGGCGACUGAAGGAGCAUUUGUUGAAUGAACUGCCCCCAAAGCGGCGACAGAUUAUUAGGUUGAAGCUAAAGGCACCAGAUAUCAGGGCAGCCACAUCUUCAUGUGUCAAAAGGAUGAACUCUAGCAGUUGUAAUGGAACUCUUACAGUUGAAUUGCCCAGCAAAGAGGAAGAAGAUGAUGAUUGCAAGAAAUCUCCGAGGAAUCUCACCCCACAAGAGAUUGGUAUUGCAAAAUUAUCUGGGUUUAGUGAAUGGUUCUCAAAUCAUUUCAUCAUGGAUGGAUUUGGUGCUAACCAUAACCUAGAUCCCAAGUCUAGCUGUCAGAAAACAAUAAUAUUUGCACAUCACUUAAAGGUUCUAGAUGGAAUACAGGUGUUUAUCUCUGAGAAUGGGAUCAAAUUUGUUCGCAUUGAUGGAAGCACACUUCAAAGGGAAAGGAAAGAAGCUGUUGAUUCUUUCCGUUUGGAUCCAGAGGUGAAGGUUGCAAUAAUUGGAAUUACUGCUGGAGGUGUUGGUUUAGACUUCUCGUCUGCUCAGAAUGUUAUUUUUGUGGAGCUCCCAAAAACAGCUUCAGAAUUGCUUCAGGCUGAGGACAGAGCUCAUAGACGUGGCCAAACAAAUGCAGUCAACAUAUAUAUAUUCUGUGGAAAGGACACAUCAGAUGAGUCACACUGGUUCCAGCUAAACCAGAGUCUGUUCCGUGUCUCGUCUUUGAUGAAUGGAAAAAAAGAUGCUGUAAGGGAGAUUGAGGUUGAUCAAGUGUGCCAACUUGAGGAAAUCAAGACCAAGGAGGAAACACAAUGCAAACUUCAUCCUCCAGAGAAUCAUAAUGCAGAUUUGACCCAUGGAUCAAAAUACCUUAGUGAUGAUUUGUCUAUCAAUGGUUUUCUUGGCAUCGAAGAUUUGGAAUUUGACUCGGAUUUCACCAUUAGGACAAUUCCUCUUGAAUUUGAGGAUGAAAGACCUGGCACAUCCUUGAAAAAUAAUCCAACUCCAACAGUACUUGAAGACAGAUCUUGUAUUGAUGUUUCUCUUUCGCCAGCCGCAGCCUUUUGCUCUGUGAUAUCUAGUUGUAAAUCAGUAAAGGCUCGUAAGAGGCUUUCUGGAAAUGCUGGGUCCUUAAGUCAAGCUGCACCUGUUCCAGAUUUUCCAAUUCAAGUGGAGUCUCUGCGUUUUGAGGUUAGCCGGCACACAGGCCGAAUCCACUUGUACAGUUGUGUUCCUGGACAUGAUUCAAGACCCAAACCACUUUGUGAAAAUUUUCUGCCAGAAGAAUUGAAUUCACCUUUAUGUUCUCCAAGUGAUGUUAAAACAAGAACUCUGCUCUUGAAAAAGAUUCCUGCAUUUUGCAAUGUGUUCAAGGCAUUCAUCAAAGAGUGGUUAGCACUAAGACCAAUUGAUCAGAAUAAAUUGCUUGGAAAGCCAUUACAACUUCCCUUGAGCCUGGAGUUGUGUUUUCUGAAAGAUAGCAUCAACCAUAGCACAGAAGGGAUACUUAAAGGGGGAAGUAAGAGGCGUGCUGCACCAUUGAAUGGUGUCAGUAAUCCUUUGCCAGAAAAUGCUGAAUGGAGACAGGUGGUGUUACGCAAUGGCACCUGUAAAGAGAGACAGUAUACUCAGGGCUGGACCAUUGAUGAUGAACCUCUUUGCAAACUUUGUCAAGGACUUUGCAAUGGAAGGCUUGCAAAGUCACCAGAAUAUUUUGAAGAUCUAUUCUGUGGUCUAGCUUGUUUCCAGGAAUACAGGUUAAGAACAAGUGGCAGGGCCCUGCGGCAGGCACUGUUUCAAAUAGAACGUGGUAAGUGCUCCCAAUGCAAGCUCGAUUGUUGCAAGCUUGUGAAACACAUUAAACCCUUACCCUUGGAAAAGCGAGAAGAGUACAUCAGAAAGGUUGCUCCAAACAUUGCGAGUAGAAAGAAACUCCUAGAUAAGCUUGUCCAUGAGCCAAUUGAUGGAAAUGCUUGGCAUGCAGAUCACAUAAUACCGGUCUAUAAAGGAGGAGGGGAAUGUAAGGUUGAGAACAUGAGAACACUGUGUGUGGCUUGUCAUUAUGAGGUGACCAGAGUUCAGCACAAGGAACUAAAAGAAAUAAGAAAGAAGGCUAAAGAGCACCUGAAAAACGCCUUGAAUAAACAAAAGGAUAAACCAAGUGAAGCAACAGAAGAAUUAGAUGAUGAUUCUUUGCUGGUAGCCGUCCCGGGUAGUGCCUACUCCUUAGGAUUUCCUGGCAAUGUUAUUGAUGGAAAAGCUGCUGAAUAGGGCAUGUUUCAUGUACCUUGAGGUUAUUGUUCAAAAAGGGAGCUGGUAUUUUUCACUUAGCCCCUUUUGUGUGCAUGUUAAAUGCAACCAAGUGUUUAUUGUGCUUUUUGGUUGUGUGUAUCUUGACAACAAUCUCCAUCUUUAUGACAACUUUGUUGUCAAUUGGAGAUUAUUACUGCAAUUAUGGAGCAGUUUUAACAGGGAAAUUGAAUCAAGAAAUACUUCAUCUUGUCAGAUGUUGCUGUAACGAAAGUUUGACCAGUUUAAGUUA